CGAAAACAGAAACUCGACUCUUCAAGAGUUAUUGAACCCUACGACGGAGCUCAGAUUACGAUCACUGUGAGGAAGAGAAGCGAAGAUGGUGGCGGGAGAAGUAAAGAGAUCUGAGAUGAUGCAGGAUCUCUUCGGCGAUAACUCCGAGGAGGAAGAAGAAGAAGAGGAGAUCGACUCCGAACAUGAAUCCAAUCCUCAGCCUCACUAUCCUUCCGAUGAGGCAGAGGGAGGGGUGGAGCCUGAGGAAGAAGGUGAAGCUGAGAUUGAAGUUCACGGUGAGCCUGAAGCUGAGUCUGACGGGGAACAGGGAGAUGUGGAGCCUGGUCAGGGAGAAAGUGAGGGUGAGAGGGAGGAAAGUUCACAGGAAGGCGAUGUUGCUGAUCCACGCGAGGAAAUUGGAGAAGAAGAAGAAGAAGAAGGAGAUGAAGAGAGAGUAGCUACAAGGAGGAGGCGAGAUGUUGUUGUUGAGAGUGGUUCAGAGAGGUCUGGGGAGAGGCGUUAUGAGUCUGAAGAUGAAGAGGUUGAUCAGACUAGGAGUCCAAGGUCACCUAGUCAGGAGAAGGAAGAUGCUCCUGCUGCGCAGUCAGACGUUAACAUUCGUAAUGUAUUUGGAUCUUCGGACGAUGAAGAUGCAGAAGAGUAUGUUCGGAAUGACAUCGAGGCUGAUGAACCUAGAUCGCCAAUCGAAGAUGAAGAGGGUUCUGAGAAGGAUCAGAGACCUGACGAUAUGAUGCUCGAUGAUGAUAUGGUCCCUGAAGAGGAUCCUCGAUACGAGUCAGAAGAUGAGCGUGUUGAAGUUAGGCACAGGGAGAGACCAGUUGGCCCUCCUUUGGAAGUGGAAGUUCCUUUCCGCCUUCCUCCAGGUGAUCCCGAAAAGAUGAACAUGAUAAAAGUUUCCAGUAUCAUGGGCAUUGAUCCAAAGCCAUUUGACGCCAAGACAUUUGUUGAAGAAGACACAUUUGAGAGAGAUGGAACGAAGACGCGUAUUCGUCUGGUUAAUAAUAUUGUGCGCCAUAGGUUUGUUAAGGGUCGAGACGGUAAAACAUAUAGUGAAAGUAAUGCUCGGUUUGUAAGGUGGUCAGAUGGAAGCUUACAGCUAUUGAUAGGAAACGAAGUUCUUGAUAUAACUGAACAAGAUGCACGUCAAGACCAGAACCACCUUUUACUGAAACAUGAAAAGGGAAUCCUUCAAUCGCAAGGAAGAAUUCUGAAGAAAAUGAGGUUUAUUCCAUCAUCUCUAACGUCAAAUUCCCAUAGGCUUUUGACAGCCCUUGUUGACUCGAGGGAAAAGAAGGAGUUCAAAGUUAAGAACUGUGUCACUGACAUUGACCCUGAGAGGGAGAAGGAGAAGAGAGAAAGGAUGGAAAGCCAAAACCUCAAGGCUAGUACAAAGCUGAGUCAAGCGAGGGAGAAAAUCAAGCGCAAGUAUCCACUUCCUGUUGCAAGGAGACAACUCUCCACUGGAUACUUGGAAGAUGCUCUCGAAGAGGACGAAGAGACAGACCACUAUGGUUCUCACCGCUCAAACCGUGGCUAUGAGGAGGAUCUGGAAGCUGAGGCGCAACGGGAACGAAGAAUUAUGAACGCCAAGAAGAGCCAGAAAGGCUUUCCGGGGAGGUCAUCAAUGAGUUCAGCGAGACCGACAAGGCGUCAAGCGGAGUAUUCAGAGAGCGAGAGAGAGGAAUCAGAGUAUGAGAUUGAAGAAGAAGAGGAAGAAGAGGAGGAAAGGCCACGUUCCCGUAAAAGAGUCAAGGAACCAGAAGAUGAGUACGAGGAAGAUGAGGAGGAAGAAGAAGGAAAAACCAACAGAUAUUCAGAAGAAGAUGAAGAAGAAGAAGAGGGGGUUAAGGCAGGGAAGGAACGUGGUAGUAGCCGGAAAAGGAAAGGGAUUGAGUCGGACGAGGAGGAGGAGUCUCCUCCGAGAAAAGCUCCGACUCAUCGUCGUAUGGCCAUGGUUUACGACAGUGAUGAAGACUAACAAUUUUUCCAUAAACAAAGCACUAUCCCGUUUCAUCGAAAUAAAAAAAAUUGUAAUGUCAGUGUUUUGAACUUGUCUCGUUUUAAUUAAAUAGAAAACGAUCAUCAGAUCAUGAUAUGGAUUUUUUGAUCAUUUUGUUCUUCAUGUAAUUUGUAGUUGAAGACAGUGUUCAUUUUUCUUA